AAGCUCAGGGGCCUCGGUGGCCCGGGCUCCUGCAGGAUGAAGCUGCACUGCGAGGUGGAGGUGGUCAGCCGACACUUGCCAGCCUUGGGGCUGAGGAACCGUGGCAAGGGCGUCCGGGCCGUAGUAAGUCUUUGUCAACAGUCGGCCGGGAAUCAGCGGCGCCCCCAAGCCAGCAGUGACCCCGAUAGCCAGCCCCCCGCCUUCCUGUUCAUCUCCACCAUGAAGGACCGGCACGGGACCCGCUACCAGCUAAAGGAGAACAUUGAGCAGUUCUUCACCAAAUUUGUGGAUGAAGGGAAAGCCACUGUAAGGUUAAAGGAGCCACCUGUGGACAUCCGUCUGAGUAAGGCCAAUGCGAGCAGCUUAAAGGGUUUCCUUUCAGCUAUGAGACUAGCUUAUAGAGGCUGCGGUAUCAAUACACAGCUUUCAACACCCACACCAGUGAAGACUUCAGAAUUUGAAAAAUUUAAAACCAAAAUGCUUAUCACAUCCAAAAAAGACUAUCCUCUAAACAAGAAUUUUCCACAUUUUCUGGAACAUCUUCAGACUUCUUAUUGUGGGCUUCUUCGAAUUGAUAUGCGUAUGCUUUGCUUAAAAAACCUCAGGAAGUUAGACUUGAGUCACAAUCAUAUUAAAAAACUUCCAGCUACAGUUGGAGAUCUCAUACACCUUCAAGAACUUAACCUAAGCGACAACCACCUGGAGUCAUUUAGUGUGGCCUUGUGUCAGUCUACACUCCAAAAGUCACUUCGGAGUUUGGAUCUUAGCAAAAACAAAAUCAAGGCACUUCCAAUACAGUUUUGCCAGCUUCACGAACUUACAGAUUUAAAACUUGAUGACAAUCAGUUGAUUCGGUUUCCUUUCAAGAUAGGACAGCUAACAAACCUUCAUUUUUUAUCAGCAGCUCGAAAUAAGCUUCUAUUUUUGCCUAGUGAAUUUAAAAUGUUAUCCCUUGAGUAUUUGGAUCUUUUUGGCAAUCCUUUUGAACCACCAGAAGUCCUUCCUACUAUAAAGCUGCAAGCACCGUUAACUUUACUGGAGCUUUCUGCGCGAACUGUACUGAAUAAUAGGAUUCCAUAUGGCCCUCAUAUCAUUCCUUUCCACCUUUGCCAAGAUUUGGAUACUGCAAAAACUUGUGUUUGUGGAAGAUUUUGUCUAAACUCUUUCAUCCAAGGAACGUCUGCCAUGAAUCUACACUCCUUUUCCCACACUGUGGUCUUAGUAGACAAUAUGGGUGGAACUGAAGCACCGAUUAUCUCAUAUUUCUGUUCUCUAGCCUGUUAUGUAAAUUCCUCUGAUAUGUUAAAGUAAUAGGUGAUACCUCAAAAAAAUUUCAUUUAGUCACAGGUCA